AUGGGAUCGCGUGUGAAGAACUCCACGCCGCGGCUCCUCCACACUAUUAUGCACUGGCUUCUCCUCGUGUACGGACCUUUUUUGGUAGCAUCGGUGCCGCGUUUCGAUCCAUCAGCCGUCCUCAGAGAUAUCCUAGUGCCGGCAGACGCGGCCGCCGGGUCCGUCAUCUACCGACUGAGGGCAAGCGAUCCGACCUUCGACUAUCCCUUGGUGUUUGACGUGAAAGGGCAGUCGAGCCACGUGGAAGUGGAGAGCUUGAACUGCAGCAGAUUCAAUUCCGUAUGUCAAGCGAACGUUGUCCUGAAGACACGUAUAGAAGCCGGUAGAAUAUACGACUUUACGCUGGAAGUUCGGAGUCAAAGAAACGAAUUCGCUACGAUGGACUGUUCCUUUCGUGCGACAAACGCAACCACCCCAGUGCACAAGAUUUUCCCAGGGGCGCCAAGUCUCCUCAGCAUCUCAGAGGGCGCACGAAGGAAUGCCGAGCUUGGUACGGUCCUGGUCAGGGGCAAUCCAAAUAGUUCGAAGACGGUAUUGCUGGAGCUGUGGGGAUCUCCGGAAUUCGGACUACACCAGAAGUUGGUCACUGACUGGGAUGCAGAGGGGACUGUUCUACUGUUGAGUGCUUUGGAUUAUGAAAAGAAGAAUAUGCAUCAUUUGACAAUUUUGGCAAAUGACCCCUGGACCGAUAUGAGAGAAGACACCAGAAACAUAGCAAGCUGGCCUCUUCUAGUAGUGGUUGUAGAUGAGCAAGAUACACCUCCUGUGUUCUCUAUAGCCCCACCAACGACCACUCUCAGCCCAAGCCUACGUCCCGAUGAUGUGAUCCUCAGAGUAUACGCUGAGGAUGGCGACCGAGGGAAUCCAAGGGCUAUCGAGUACAGAUUGCUGCCUAAUGAUGAUAAUUCAGGGACUUUCUUCAACAUGGACGAGAAUUCAGGAGAACUCCGAUUGGCACGACCACUCACAGACAUUGUCACAGUUUUCAACAAUGGCAAGCCAAUUUUAAUAAAUGUGGUGGCCGAAGAAAUUCGUUCCGAUGCCGAAGAAGCCCCUGCGCAAUCUAGUACCGUGCAGUUAGCAUUAAUACCUCCUGGUGUGACCGCCAGAUCGCCCACAUUUGGCGCAAUCGAGUACAACGCGCUACUAGAUGAGAACGCGCCUACGGGUUCAGUUCUGGAUCUCGCGCAGGCAGAAGUGAAUACGCAGCCAGGGGAUGUUGUUGCUCUGGAACUGGAGAAUAAUAAUGGCACCUUCGACAUAAGCCCAACAACAAUUAUCGGCGGCCACUCGAAAUUCUUCAUCUCUGUCCACGAUCCAAAACUACUCGACUACGAAUCCCGACAAUCAGUAGAAUGUUAUAUCGUUGCCAAAGAAUUGGGUGCUGGAAACUACACAGCAAGAGCAAAGCUGAGCGUACUAUUGAAUAAUGUUAAUGACAAUCCUCCCAAAUUCACCCAACAAGAAUACUACGCUAGCGUACAGGAGCAUGCAAAAGUUGGUACCAAUGUUUUAGUUGUGGAAGCUGUGGAUGGAGAUAAGGAUCCAAAGAGCAAAAUACGUUAUACGAAAUUGGUUGGUACCGGCAAAGAGCUAUUUAGUUUGGAUCCAGAUAAAGGAUUGAUAGCUGUUGCUGAUUCUGUGAAUCUAGACGCUGAAUCAAAACCAUUAUUAAGAUUGAUGGUAGAAGCAAUAGACGACAAUGGUGUAGGACUGAGAAUAACAAGUUUGGUGACCAUCAGUUUGAUAGAUAUCAAUGAUAACAUACCGCUAUUCGAAAAGACAAUAUAUGAAUUCAUAUUGAACAAGGAUAAGAUUGGUUUUACUAAUACUGCUAUAAUCAGAGCUACAGACAAAGAUAUCAGCCCACCAAACAACGAGGUCCAUUAUGAAAUCUUGAAUAUUCCAAAUAAUUUAUAUAUUGACGAAAAAUCUGGAGAACUGACUGUUACCGGAAUCUGGAAAAGUAGUGAGGUGACUGUUUUGAGGGCGAGAGUUUGGGAUGGAGGAGUGCCAAGGUUGUCCAGCGAAUGUGAAAUAAGAAUAUAUCCUUCAGAAGGGCAAGCUAGGAAAAUGGUAUUCAUUGUGCCCGGAACGAAUCCUGAUAGGGUGAAGGUGGCCGAGACUUUGAGAACAUUGACUGGAGGAAUAGUAUCCAUUCAGAAUAUCAGACCUUAUACUGGUGAUGAGCCCGGUGCAAUGUAUGUUAGUAAUACAUAUGAAGGAGAAAGGAGUGUGGUUGAAGCAACAGUAACUUUCUUCAAAGACUCAAUCGUCGAUCUCAAUGAAAUUAACAGAAUCAUAAACUCGCGAAAGAAAGAAAACCAAGGAAAAGAAAUAGGAAUCAUAGACAAUGAAAACCAAGAAAAUAAAGUACGAGAACGAGAAAUCAUUAGAAUCAAAGAAAGUGAUAGCAGUAAUCUAUUAUGGCUGUUAAUCCUCUUUUUCAUUAUACUAAUAAUAGCAUUAUUAGCUCUUAUUUGCUGCUGCCUUUGCAAACAGUGCCCUUUAUAUAAUUAUGUGCUUUUUAAGAAGAGGAAAGACACCCCCGUAAUCGAAAAAAUCGAGAAGAUCCACAUAAUUGGUUCUGGUCAGGGCAGAGAAAACAAAUCAGUCCAAGUAGCUGAGUGGUUUGGUAGAAAAGAAGCGUGGACACCGGAAAACGCUAUGAUCGAUCAUGAAGCUGAGUCUAUGAGACGACACGAGAUGGAUAGAGGAUCAGAAAAUGAAGAAGUCAAACGAACAAUACCGAGGCCGACUCAGAUCCAACAAGAACCUUUAAGAGAUCAAUUCUACUACAGAGAGGGCAAUACCGACAUCCUCAGACUUAUAACCAGAGGAGGGGAUGCCCAGAGACCUAUUUCCUUAGCUGAUCCACCGUAUAUGGCUGCCGAUAGUGGAAAAGACAUUCUCAUGAGGAGGUUUAUGGAACAACAGACUGAAGGAACACGGUCACAGGUUUUCCUUCCUAAUACUGUCAACAGACUCCAAGCGGAACAAGAAAUAGAGAACUCCUUGCGUCAACAAAAUGCUUUACUGCGUCAAAUUCUACUUGAACGUGAGAGGGACUUGAGAUUAGAAACACAGUCGUUACCUGCUGGUACGCAGACGGAUCAAGAUGCCGAAACCCAAACAGAACCAAUAUAUUUACGACCUCCACUGAGGAAAGUUAGAUCAGAUAAUGAUCAGAGCGACCCAAGUGAUCAUGAAGAUGAAAUUUCUGCCGUGAAAGCUAAAGCAAGGAGACGACAUGGAAAAAAAUCCCAAAUGAAACGAGAAAUAAGAACACCAAUUCAGGAAGAGGUAGAGAUUGAAAUAAUCAAAAAACCUGUCGAAGAUAAUCAUACGAUGUAUAGACAAACAAAGACCAGUGAAUUGCGGACAAGACGAAAAAGUAGAGCCUCCAGUGGAACUAGAUCAUCACAAUCAAGAUCUUCGAAGUCAAAUGGCUUGAGGAAAGAAGUUCUCGAAGAGAUAUCCGCUUCAUUAGAGCAAAUGAGAAGUGAUGGAGAAGAGCAGUACUAUCAAAAGCGAGAAAUAUUUUCAGAUGAUAGCCUGGAAAUCACUCCAAGAUCUGACAAAACAAGUACAGAUUCUGCCAGGCAAAAGUACCAUUCUGAGUCUGAUCUAAGGCAGGUAUCUCCAAGUCGAAAACAGGACUCACUAAGACGGCGAAGGAACGGAUUCAAAUCUAGGAGCCAGAUUGAUUUGACUAGAUCUGAAACUGAAAGAAAACAACGAAAGAUCACAACUAAACAUCAAGGUUCAAGAUAUAUGGAAUGGUAUAAGAAAAAACCCACGAGUGAUACUAACGAAAAGAGAGAUGAGAAGGCAAGACAAAAUCAGAAUGCGAAAAAAAGUGUCGAAGUAGUAGGUAGUAAGCUCGCAGCCAGUUCUAGAGUUGGUAAAGAUACUGGAGCCGAUGCUCGUAAAGAUAAGGAUGCUAAGAAAAACAGUGUAGGCCCCGAACACCCUCUAUUGCAACAUUCUGAGCGCAGGUUUGAGGUGCAGUAUCCUGAAAAAAAUAAGACUAUCAAGAAGCCAGAAGAAGAUAAUGAUUCUGGAAUCGUAUUGAAUAGACCACCCAUCACUCAGAAAAAAAGUGUGUUCACUAUUGCUUAUAAUGACAUUCAUACGAAGCAAUUGAGAGCAGAUAGUACAACAUCACCUUGAAAUAUCAAAAUAUUGUUAUGCAUUCAUACAGC